AUGAAUAAUGAGGCACAAAUUAUGGUGGAGACAAGUCACACGGAUAGUUUAGGACUUACGGAUAAGAGGACAAUAGUGGAUAGCACUAGAAAGAUGAGUUUAGAGAAGGAGUUAGUAGUGGAGAAGGCUAUGGAGAAAGAGGAAAUCUAUCAUAGAGAGAACAAUAAUGAUGCGAGCUCUUCUCUA